GAAUUCAGAAUUAUUGUAAUCGUAAUCGAAUGAUUGUGAUUGGAUCCUAGUAAAUAAUUUAUUGUACACACUAUACAAGUACACAGUAAAUUCAAUACGCAAUAAGUUGUGCAAUGUGUUAAGUUUGUAAAUAUAUAAGUAUUAACAAUAAAUACCUGUGUUAAAUAAGAUGAGUGAAGGCGAACGUACCUUAGUAGACAAAUCGGAGAGUAGUUCGUUUGAGGAUUUAGCUUCAGCAGCCGCUCAUGAAAUCGACGAAGCCAAAUUAGCUGAAGCAGCAGCAUUAGAAAAAGAAAAGCAUCAAGGAACAGAAGAAUGGCAGGAUCUGUUAGGAUCAGGGGCUAUUCUAAAAAAGAUAAUAACAGAAGGAGAUGAAUCAGAAGGCUUGAGACCUCAAAGGAAUGAUAUUUGUAAAAUUAGUUACGAAGUAAGGCAUAGAGAUGGAAAUAGAGAUAUUGUUGAAAAAAGGGACCAAGUGAAAAUAUAUCUGGGUGAUAGUGAGAUACUGCAAGGGUUGGACCUAGCCUUAACCUUAAUGUAUAAGGGUGAGGUAUGCUUACUCCAAAUGGGACCCAGGUUUGCCUAUGGGGACAGAGGCUUAAAUACUGGAGAUAGUCUUGGACUGGUUGGUGAUACAACUGGAAUCAAAUAUGAAGGACCACCAAUAGGACCUGAUACAUGGUUGGAGGCCAAACUAGAACUUCAUGAUUGGGAUGAAGAGCCUGAUCAUGAAACACUAGCAAUGGCUGAAAGAAUGGAAAUUGGGAUUCGUCGACGUUACCGUGGCAACUGGUGGUAUGGGCGCGGGGAAGCACAACUGUCUGUACAGUUGUACAGGCGAGCUCUGGACGUACUUGAUGAGAGCGAAGGGGGCAUCACAGAGCCCACAGAAUCUGGCAACAUCGCUCCGACUUCUGACGCACUCCAGUCCCUUUUGGAUGAGAGACUACGUGUCCAAAACAAUAUGGCGGCUGCACAGCUGAAGGCAGGCGCCUAUGAUGCUGCCCUUCAGGCUGUAACACAUGUGUUAACUUGUCAACCAAAUAACGCGAAGGCUUUAUACAGAAAGUCACGAAUACUGACAGCCAUGGGACGCAACAGCGAAGCCCUACAGGCGGCUAAGGCUGCGGCGGCCGCGGCGCCCGAGGACUCCGGCGUUCACAGAGAGCUACAAAAGUGUGAACAGAAGGCCAAGAGAGACAAAUCUGUGGAAAGGAAGUUGGCAAAGCGUAUGUUGGGAACUAGUGGUCAGGCUACGUCAUCCCCUGAUAAGAAACCUUCGACAUCAAAUAUGUACGUAUGGGGGUCGCUGCUACUGAGUCUGUUGGUGGGAGUGGCUAGUGUGAUCGUCUACCGCUACAAGUACCACAACCAGUAAACAGGGAGGACUUACAGGAUAAAUUGGCAAGAGGAUGGCUAUUUUAGGGACACUGAAAAAAAAAUAAUAAUAUUAAAUUUUGCUAAUCGGUGGAUGUUUAAAUAAUAUUAUGUAGGUAUAUCAUAUCAUUUAAUUUCAAACAUUUUAUCAGUGAUUUAAGAUUUGGUAAGACAACCAUAAAAUGUUGUAAGCUCACAGCUGAAUUCAAUCGAAUUCCAAAGAUAAUACAGAAGUUUCACUGUCGGUGGGGAUUUAGGUUAGUUGUCAAGGUUAUGAGUAAUCAAAAGUCGUCAAGAAGCUUUUUAAAUUGUAUUUAAUUACCUAUUGUUUUUGUUAAUGACAAUAUUUAUAAAAUGUCUAGAAAUAUAAGAGAUAAGAUCAAAAGUCAUUUUAUUUUUUUUAAAUUGUAUUUAAUAUUGUUUUUGUUAGAGCCAAUCAUUAUGUUAGAAAUUAUUACUCAUUACUUAAUACAUUAUAGUAUUAUAUUUUCAAUGAAGCUUUUAUUAAUGGAAAGAUAAAAAUAAAUAUUUUUUGAAACUUUAUAGGGAACUAUCAAUUAUUAUUGGUAAUGGCAUUCCAACUAUGUACUGAUUUUUUUCAAAAGCUUGGUGCUUGUUUUUUUUAAAAGCUUUGUUUUAAUUCCAUUUCUAUAGAUCAGUGUUUUUCAAUCUUUUUUAUUUUGCGACCCCAUUACAGGUUGUAAAAUUCUGGCGACCCUCUUGUUAGUCAGAUAAAUAAUUUAUCAUGUAUUAAGAAAGCAAGAUUAUCCAGAGAUGGCAAGGGAAGCUGUAAAGUUAUUAUACCUUUUGCCACUUUCAUACCUGUGUGAACUGACAUUCUAUUCAAAGUUGGGCAUAAAAACUAAAAAGAGAAAUUCAAUUCAAAAAGUAUUUGAUUUUUAACAUUUCAAAAAUAGAAACACAUUUUGCGAUUUUUUUUGAAAAUUGUACAAACCCGUCCUUUUCAAUAAAAUUGUGUUUUUAUUGUAGUCUACCUUUUUGCUCAUGCCGGCGACCCGCAGAUUGAAAAACACUGCUAUAGAUAAUAAUAUAGUUAUGUAGAUGUUAUUAUUCUAGUUAUUGUUAAUUAACAGGUCGAUUUAAAUUUGUUGUUUUUGAAAAUUUACUUAAUUAUUAUUAUAAUAAUUUUUUGGAAUUGGUUUGGUUAUAAAAAAAAAUGCUAGGUGGUAUUGAAGUAUAUCUUAUUAAAUCUUAUUGGACUA